AUUUUAAUAAUAUAUAUAAUGACUAGUUCAUCUCAUUCUCAUACUCUGAUUGAUUAUAUGAUUUACAACUUUUUUCUUCCUCAUGGUCACAAUGCUUUUACCACUUGUUCUAUGUCUUACUCUCCCUGUGUUUUUCUUGUUCUUCAUCCAACACCUUAGAGCCUUCAAGAAACCCCCCCUACCUCCAGGUCCUAAAGGCCUUCCAAUAAUUGGAAAUUUACAUAAAUUAGAUAACUCCAUUCUUUGCAUGCAGCUAUGGCACCUCUCAAAGAAAUAUGGCCCUAUAUUUUCCCUUCAAUUAGGUUUAAGGAAAACUAUUGUUAUUUCCUCACCUAAAUUGGCCAAAGAGGUACUGAAAAACCAUGACCUAGAGUUUAGUGGACGACCUAAACUACUUCCCCAACAGAAAUUGUCCUAUAAUGGGUCAGAGAUUGUGUUUUCCCCGUACAACGAAUAUUGGAGAGAAAUGAGAAAAAUUUGUGUUGCCCAUAUCUUUAGUUCCAAGCGUGUCUCUAGCUUUUCAUCUAUAAGAAAGUUUGAGGUGAAGCAAAUGAUCAAAACAAUAUCUGGGCAUGCCUCGUCUUCGGGUGUUACAAACUUGAGUGAGUUACUCAUAUCUCUCUCAAGCACUAUAAUAUGUAGAGUUGCUUUUGGGAGAAGGUAUGAAGAUGAAGGAAGUGAAAGGAGUAGGUUCCAUGGGUUGCUCAAUGAGCUUCAGGUAUUGAUGGGUACCUUCUUUAUUUCGGAUUUUAUUCCAUUCACGGGUUGGAUUGAUAAACUCAAAGGAUUGCAUGCACGACUUGAAAGAAAUUUCAAGGAGCUAGAUAAGUUCUACCAAGAGGUAAUUGAUGAACACAUGGAUCCAAAUAGACAACAUGCAGAGGAACAAGAUAUGGUUGAUGUCUUGCUUCAACUGAAGAAUGAUCGUUCGCUUUCAAUUGAUCUAACUUAUGAUCACAUCAAAGGGGUCCUCAUGAGCGAUUUUUCGCACAAGAGCUUUACAUUGGUGUACACUAACUAUAGCAGAUUUGAUAAGAACAUACUUGCAGCAGGUACAGAUACCACUGCAGCCACAUCAGUUUGGGCUAUGACAGCCCUAGUAAAAAACCCUAGAGUAAUGAAGAAAGUUCAAGAAGAAGUUAGAAAUGUGGGGGGAACAAAAGAUUUCUUAGAUGAAGAUGAUAUUCAAAAACUUCCCUAUUUCAAGGCAAUGAUAAAAGAGACGUUGAGAUUGCACCUACCAGGUCCACUACUUGUACCAAGAGAAUCAACUGAAGAGUGCAUUGUAGAUGGCUACCGAAUUCCAGCCAAGACAAUUGUGUAUGUGAAUGCUUGGGUUAUUCAAAGAGACCCUGAAGUUUGGAAAAAUCCCGAAGAAUUUUGUCCUGAAAGAUUCUUAGAUAGUGCUAUAGAUUAUCGUGGACAAGAUUUCGAAUUAAUUCCUUUUGGUGCAGGUCGUAGAAUUUGCCCAGGUAUACUUAUGGCGGCUGUGACAUUAGAACUUGUCCUUGCUAAUCUUCUGCAUUCCUUUGAUUGGGAAUUGCCGCAAGGGAUAGUAAAGGAAGACAUUGAUUUUGAAGUAUUGCCAGGAAUUACCCAACACAAGAAGAAUCAUCUUUGUCUUUGUGCCAAGACCAGGAGCCAUAUAUAAAUGCUAGAAGGAACCAGUUGUGAUGAAAAUAAUUAGUAAUGUAUCUUCUUCCAUUUAAUUUGCUAUUUUUUUCUUCCACUUAGUGGAGUUAUUAGAACCUUGACAUGGGUUUUAAUGUCUAAAUCAUGAUGUUUCUUGAUGAUCUUGUAAUUUUACAUCAAUGUUGAUGAAUGUGUACUUAUAAAAGCACUUUAACAAGGGAGUUUUUUUUUUUUUU